AUGAAGCGUGGGAAAGCAGGCCUGGCAUGCAGACGAUUUAAGGGUCGACAUACGCAUGACAGUAUUGCAAGUGAGCUGGACAACAUUAACUCAUCCUAUGGCCUAUCCUUCAAAAUCACAGCAACUGUAACGGACAACGGUUCCAAUUUUGUUAAGGCCUUCCAGGUGUACCAGGCGACACCUGAUUCAGACGACUCGGAAGAAGGGGAGGAUGACUCGACUUUUGUUUCCGUUGGGGAUGUGUUGCAGAGCAGUGCUGAUAAUGUUGAUGACGCGAUUUCUUUACCUCCGCAUCAGAGAUGUGCUUCACACACUUUAAACCUCAUCUCUUGCACUGAUGUGGAUAAGUGGCUUUUUUCAAAACCUGAAACGAAAGCUAUCUACAGAAGUGCCACCACAAAAUGUGCAGGGUUGUGGAACAAGGCCAGUCGCUCCACAGUGGCUGCUGAGAUUGUGGACGACAUCAUUGCAAAGAAGCUACUCGUACCUUGCACAACCAGGUGGAACUCGUACUACGAUGCUCUGGAGAGAAUUUCAAAGAUACCAUUGGUGGACCUGAACACCCUCUCUUCCACACUACAGUUGAAAUGUUUCAACGAAAGGGAACAUCAGUGUAUCAGAGAGUACUGUGCUGUCAUGAAUCCACUUAGUGUUGCACUGGACAUUCUUCAGGGAGAAGAGAAUUGUUUUUAUGGAACUCUUCUACCUACACUGGAAUCACUGAUGACCAAGACUCUGGAAGUAAAAAAUGGUCUGCAAAUCCUUGUUGGGCUACCAGAUGCAGUUAUCCAGGCAGUCAAAACAAGGUUUGCACCUGUCCUUGAAUGUGAAGAUGCUUUCCUGGCUGCUGUAACACUACCAAAAUUCAAGGUGCGGUGGUUGCAUGGUCAGGACCGGAAGGACGCUGCAAAGGCAAGUCUGCUGGCAGAAUGUCGAAAACUUCUCCCUGAGCAAGAGCAGCUAAAACCAGGUACAAGCACCACCAACACAACACAGCGCCCAGGUUUUAGCAAAGAGGAUGAGUUCUUCUCUUUUAUGGAGAAUGAGGAGGACACCUAUGCGACUGCUGAAGCUGAGGUAGCAGAGUACCUUAAAUCAGCAGCAACAGGGAUAGACAUUCUGAAUCAAUUUCCAAUGAUAAAGAAACUCUCUCUUAAACUUAAUGCAGCCACUCCCUCCAGUGCCCCAGUAGAAAGGCUCUUUAGCCUGGGAAACCUGAUUCUCUCUCCAAAGAGGAACAGGUUGUCAGAUCAGAAGUUUGAGAAGCUUCUCCUCUUGAGGUACAAUCAUUGGUUUGACAACUAGCAAUGUUGAUUAGCACUGAUAUGAUGUGCUGCUGGGAUGCAUGCUCCACAGGAUGCUCCACAAUGUCAAGCAGGUUAAUAUUUCGAAGUGAAAUUUCCAAAUGUAUGACUUAAGUUAGUAAACCACUUUAUCCACUGUUAUUAAUUUCAUCCGUUGUUUUAUUUCUCAUCCUCAGACUGGAGGAAAUAUAUAUAUUUUUUAACAUUA